AUGACAGAGCAUCCUGCGCUCGCCCGAAUUCCAGUCUGGGUGCAAGAGAAGCUAUCACCGAAAGCUAUCGAGACCAUUAAACACGUCUUUGAAUGGGUCGAGAAUGAAUGUGUACCAGCCGAGCCCAUAUUCAAAGCCCAAUUAAAAAAAUAUGGAAACUGGAAGRCUCCUCCCAUCAUCACAGAAUUGCGAGAAAAGGCGAAGAAACAAGGACUCUUUAAUCUCUUCCUCCCCAAAAGUUUUGGAGAGUUGAGUCCUGGACUUACGAAUCUCGAGUAUGCUUGCUGUGCCGAGAUUAUGGGAAGAUGCUAUUGGGCGGCACAGACCAUGAAUUGCCACGCACCAGACACUGGCAACAUGGAGUUGCUAGCCAAAUACUGCAACGAAGAGCAGAAGAAGAAGUGGCUGCUCCCUCUUCUCGAAGGCAAGACAUUCUCUGCAUACAGCAUGACAGAGCCGGAUGUAGCCUCUUCAGAUGCAACCAACAUUUCAUGCCGAAUUACGAAAGAUCCACAGGACUCCAAUACCUUGAUUAUCAAUGGCAGGAAGCUUUACGGAAACUGCAAAUGGAAUGAUGAGCUGGGUUUCUACAUUCUCAUGGCGUGUUCGGAUCCGGGGAAUCCAUCCCCCUGGAAACGACAUACAAUGGUCAUUGUACCUAGGGAUACCCCAGGUUUCAGCAUGGUGCGGAAUCUUACCAUCAUGGGUUAUGAUCACGCACCUGAAGGCCAUGGAGAAUAUCUAUAUGAGAAUGCCAGAGUUCCUGCAGAGAAUAUUAUCCUAGGAGAAGGCCGUGCUUUUGAGAUCGCGCAGGGGAGACUUGGACCAGGCCGUAUUCACCAUUGCAUGCGUCUUAUCGGACAGACCGAGAGGGCAUAUGAACUGGCUCUUUUACGAUGUACAGACCCAGCAAAGAAGCCUCGCGGUAAGCUCCUCGCCGAAUUCGACUCCAAUGUUGAAAAGCUGGCUACGAUGCGCAUGGAGCUGGAUAGUAUGCGUCUGGUAGUGAUGAAUGCCGCCCACACGAUGGAUGUUCAAGGGAACAAAGCUGGUCGCUAUGCCAUUGCUCAAUCCAAAGUACUGGUUCCAAUCGCUGCUGCCAAGAUCAUURACGAGUGUAUGCAGUUGUAUGGUGGACAAGGUCUCACGCAGCAUACCGCUUUGCCGGAGAUGUGGACUUAUGCAAGAUUUGUACGAAUUGCAGAUGGGCCGGAUGCAGCGCAUAGGCACCAAGUGGGUCGAGAUCAGAUCAAGACCGCGCCUGUGUUUAGAGAGAGGCAUGAGGGAUAUGAGAAACGAUAUAAAGAGCUGUGUGAGAUUUGGGGAGUUGAAGAGGAGACGUUCGACGAUCCUCGACGAGUCUCUGCGAGAACGAGCAAACUUUGA